CCAUAAUGCAUCCUGCCAUCUGUUCCCCUGCUAAGCGACUCGCACGCAACCGGCCAUCCAUGUGACUUAAAAUCAGACCAGGCCACAUUCUUUCAUUGCUCUUCUGUUCAGUUCUGAUGCUCAUGUGCCCAUUGUUGGCGCUUUCGAUGGUGCACACAGGGGUCAGCACGGGCACCCUGACUGAUCUGCAGCUAUGCAGCUCCAUACACAACAAACUGUCAUGCACUGUGUAUUCCGACACCUUUCUAUCAGAACCAAUAUUAAUUUCUUCAGCAGUUUGAGCAACAGUAGCUCGUCUGUUGGAUCGGAUCACACGGGCCAGCCUUCGCUCCCCAUGUCCAUCAGUGAGCCUUGGCCGCCCAUGACCCUGUCACCACUUCCUUCCUUGGAUCACUUUUGAUAGAUACUGACCACUGCAGACCGGGAACACCCCACAAGAGCUGCAGUUUUGGAGAUGCUCUGAUCCAGUCGUCCAGCCAUCACAAUUUCUAACACAUUAACUUUGAGGGGAAAAAUGCUCACUUGCUGCCUAAUAUAUCCCACCCACUAACAGGUGCCAUGAUGAGUAGAUCAUCAGUCUUAUUCACGGCACCUGUAAGUGGUCAUAAUGUUAUGCCUGCUCGGUGUGUGUAUAACUAUAUGCAUACACAUUCUAUGAAACCUUUCUGUUUUUAGCCACGAUGUACAGGCGCACACAUUUGGGCUAAAAGAAUGCUAAAAAAAAAAAAGUUAAUAGGCGUUCAUGUAAUACAGUUCAUAUGUUCAUACAGAUCAUGAACAGAACAGUUUCUCUGACGUAAACAUGUUAGCCUGAGCGCUAUGCUGUUUGUAACAGGUGUCAUUUCAUUCAGACCAAACUGGAAAAUCAGGAAGAGAGACGCCCAAACGCAGGGCUAACCCCUACACAAGCGCCCUACGUAGGGCGCGACGAAAUAGCCUUUCCAGACCCUAUGUAGUGCUCGGUACGUGCAAUUGUGAUUGAGCCCGGUGGAAACGGCGGUGGCUCUUUGGGCAAGGUGCGACCGAAACAUGACGGCUAAUAAAAGUCAGAGUCAAACUCGUCCAGACUGAGAUGAAUGCAUUGCCGUGUCCAUCUCUGGUCAUAAUUUUGGCAGUGCUUCCUCUGACGUCAUGUCAGGACCCAGUUCCCAUUCAGUUCCAGAGCUCCCCUGUGCUGGUGGCUACAGGAACCAAUGCUGUUUUUACAGUGCAGACCAUCUCCAAUAUCUUCUCCAUCACAUGGCUCGCUCCUGGAGGAGGCACUCUGGGCCAGUGGAUCAACAACCAGGCUGUUCUUAAUCCGAUUGCCCAGUACCAAGGCAGAGUGAGCAUUAGUGCCACCCAGCUCACAAUCAGCAGCAGCCAACUCAGCGACGCUGGAAACUACACGGCCGUCGUAACGCCGUCCGCUCCCACCGGACUGUCCACCAACUCGCGCUCUGUCACCUUGUCCGUUUUUGUUGCUGUGGGAGAAGUGAGCCUGGUCGUGCCGUCUGUGACCAUCGAGGGAGGCAACGCUUCCUUAACCUGCAGCUGGACUUCAGGCACCAACAUCAGCGUGACAUGGGGUAAAGGUAGCACCAAUCUUCCCUCAGACUCUCGCUUCAUCGUCAACGCUGGGUCUCUGAUUAUCAGGCCUGUGAAUAGGAACGAUGCCGGACAAUACACCUGCACCGUCAGCAACCCCGUCAGCAGCAAGACUGCCACGGCAAGCCUCACCGUUUACUAUGGCCCGGACACCCCUCAGGUGACCAGAACCUCCUCGGAGUGUGUCGGUGGAGGAGACACCAUCGUCGGACAGACGGUCCAGCUCACCUGCACAUCUGUCUCUCUGCCCCCUGCUCUCUUGUCGUGGCAAUUCAAUGGUCUCCCACUGACAACCAGCCAGGCAAACGGUGGCACGCUGAAUUUGCAGGUUUUCUCAACCAAUCAGAGUGGGCAAUACACAUGCAUAGCACGUAACAGCAUCACGACACUAACGACGCAGCAGCAGACGAGCCUUAACGUCGUAGCAACGUGUCUAAGUGUAGGCGCGGUUGCCGGGAUAGUCGUUGCCUGCUUCGUCGUGCUUGUGUUGAUUAUUGUCGCCAUCAUACUGCUACUACGUCAGCGGAAUGUUGAUCGGAGACUCAGUACAGUUAUCGCACAGAGGAAGGAAAACCCAAACAAUAGGCCAACAUUUCUUCCAGCUCCACAGAAUGGUCAUGAUAAUGCUGGGUUUCUUAGCCAGGGUGGCCAACCUGACCCACCGCUGCACAACUAUAACAGAAUAAAUCGGUCAAAGAAUCAACAAACCACUGACCAACACAACGAUAUACUGAUGCAAAACAGAACAACCAACACCGGUGCCAUUCAAAGCAGUGGCAAUCUUAAUACGGGCAUGUUCACAAAUAAUGCCAACGUCAACUCCAAUGCCCACUUACACCAUAGCCAGUGGAAUGGAAGUUCAAAUCCACACAACUCUUUCCAACAAGUGGGCCAACACAACCCAAAUAUUCUCAUACAGACUGGCAAUGCUGAGCCAGGACCUCACACGGUCCUUAUAAACCUUAAUACACUACCACAGCAUCAGAAUGCCACCACACAACCUCACACUGUGCAAGUAAGUCUCAAUGCACCUCAGCCUUCUUCAGGGCCCAACCAGAACACCAUGCAGUUUAGCGAUCAGCAAAGCAAUGCCAUCCAACAGGAGUCUGUGAUCACUAGUCGCUCAAAUCCCCGUCAUGUCAGCGGGUCACACUCAAAUCCUCAGACUUGGAUGGAUAACAUCCAUAAUACAGCACAGCCUGCCUACAAUAGCACUUUAAGAAAUGGACAACACAGUGACCACCAUGCCACCAACCAGACACGGUCAAGGCGGAAUACCGAAGACACACAUAAUUACUCGGCGCAGACUCGGACACAGUUAGGUCACGAGCUCUCCGUCGACUACUCAGAUGAUGAUACACACCCACGUCAGAUGCCGUGGGACCGUAUACACGGUACACCCGCAUACCCGAAUCCUCAAGUGGACAGCUACGAAUCCCAAAAUUCGACACAGCAAAACAGUUCAUUAGAUUCAGAGGGUUCACAUUCAGCUCCAGCUCUAAGACCCUGGAGGUCACCUGCGAAUGAACAGGUGCGGAACAUUUCCAGAGCUUCGAGAAGAAACUUUCUGAGACAGCUUGCUCACAGUGCCGCCCAGAGACGCUCUCGAGCUGAUCGGGAAGCGCCAAGACAGGUCACACAGCCUAACGUGAUUGCUCAGCCACGUGCUGACCAUCAAAGUCGGACAGCUCGACAAAACAUCACGUCUCAGAGAUAUGGCAUGGACAAUAUGAACAGAACAGUUCCUGUUCCUCAACAUCAAACAGUUCAAAUGCAGCCUGCUCAGCCAUCACAUUUGAUCAGACAGGCAGGUUCAGAUCAAAGGCAGUCAGGUCCUCUUAAUGCUGCCGUUCCCAACUCCCUUAUGCUAACUCGGGUUGCUUUGCAGCAGCACACCAGCCAGACUCCCAACCCCUUUGUUAACCGGAUUCAACAGACACAAGCUGCAUUGCAGCACCCUGGAACUCAGUCCGCACCUGCUCAAACUCUUCCUGCAAGGCAGAUCAACCGGGCUGGUCAAGUUGCUCCAGAUCCCCCUCCAGUUCUGCACCCAGCGGAGUUUAAAAGGCUACCUCGAAAGCAUUUGCACAAAUCACAUACUGUAAACCCAGUUCACGUCACGAGACGGCCUGUGGUCGUGCAUCAUGGACACAGACCUCCAAACACGACCAGACAUGCAAGACCCAUGCAAGCGAACCCUCACAAACAUGCCAAGGCACAUGGGCAUGGUACUACUCAUGGCCACACAGUACAUAUGAGUCAGGCCUCUAGAUGUGAAGGAGUUUAGGAACUCGGAACCGUGAAGUGGACAGGCAUCCGAUCCAGAGUGUGUUACUGCCUCACAAGUCGCAUGGACUUCAUCAAGCUUGGCCAUGAUUGUUAGAAUUGUUUAAACUGACGAGCAAUAGAAGAACAACAGGUGAGGUUUUCAUUAACCAUUGUGGGAAAGAAAAUUGGAUUUAGUUAUUUGUUUCAAUAAAGUAAUAGGAGGCUAAUUGUGACUGAAUAGGUUGAAUCUAAGGCUGAUGGUCAGAGGAAGAAGACUGGGAUUACUGUAAUCAGUAAGACUUUGCAGAUUUAGAUGACGAAUCUUAACUUGAAUUCUGAACAAUAGUAUCUGAUUAAAUAAGCCAGAAGGGAACAAUAGCAGGUAAUGAUUUAAGCCUUAGUAACACUUAACACCCAGACACAGAAUGAAUUAAAGUGAUUCUAUUAUGACUAAACGAGAAGGGAUGGAAAAAAAAGGAAGAAAACAUUUACACAUGAUAAAAGUCACACAAAACAGGCCCAAGGAAAGUGUCCUCAGUUCAGAAGGAUAGAGAGAGAAACAUGAGUAGUGCACUGGGUGAAGUGAGGACGAAAAUACGGGAAAUUCGACAACAAUUGGAUAAUAAUAAAGAAGGGAAACCCAAAUUUAGUUUUAAAGUUCUUAAAAAAUUUAUCUUAAACAUCUCAUAUAGUUUUAAUAACAAAAACUGACUCUCGCCAUGAAUAUAGCUAUAGAAGCUGGCAUGGCGUUAAAAAAGAAAAGGAAAGAAUAAUAAAGGAGGGGAAUUUUAAAAGAAGCUGAAAAUAGAAAAUAAUGGGAAUUAUUAUAAAAGGCGAAGCCUUAACAUAAUAAGAAAUUUUCCAGGCAUGAAACCUAGGAAAUAUGGGAGGUGUACCAGAAGCAGAUCUGCAGACAAGGUUGGUUGCUACUUUUUCCUUUUCUCACCUCCUGUGACUAUUAUUUAAGUGUUUAUUGUUUUGAGUAGUUUGACAGAAUAGACCGUACACCAUGAAAAUCAAGUCAGACUUCUGGUGACUGUGACCUCUGGUGGACAUGAAAGGUAUUGCUCCAUGUAACAGGCUGUUGAAACAGCAGGGAUGAUCAGGAAGUCUUGGCUGCAAAGCAAGCUAAGGGGGUGGAGGUUAUUAUCCCAGCCAAACAGGAGCUUUAUAUAAUAAAAGUCUUCUGAACAACAUGUUAAACAUGAAUGAAAACCUUUGUGGAUAAAUAAAGUGUGGUUAAACAUAUAAUUCAACAAUAACGUUUCUAUAAACAUGACAUUAAUAAUCAGUAUCUGACAUUUCAGACAAAUAUGGCCAAAUGUUUUGUUUAUUUUUGCUCCACUAGAGGAAAUAGAUCUCACUCACGUUAUUGCAUGUUUAUUAGCUGGCUAGUUAGCUCGCAUCGAUCUGUACAUUCCUGUUAAUCGUGCUUGUGGUGAAAUCGGUGCCCCAGGUAUUCCUUUUCACUUACAUCUACAACAAGCUCAAAAUUUAUUUUCCUGUAAAGUAUUGUUUGCCGUGUCUGGUGUUGAUGUCUAUGGUAGUAACUGUGAUAUUUUUCUACAAGGCAAACACUGAUGAGUGACGUGAUGGACACAGUGAAACAUCUGGAAAUAUAAACACUCUUACAGUGCUGGUCAAAAUAGUGGACUGGAACUAAUUGGUCCAAAACAAUUUUUUUGUUAGGGAAAAGUGGCUGAGAUGUUGGACUGCCAUUCAUGAAAGUUUAAAUUCCAACACCACCAUGCUCCCCCUGCUGGUCUCUUGGGCGAGAUCAUUAACAGCUCAGCUGUGACAAAAAAAAAAAAAAGAGAUAAAUGUAGGUCACUGUGGAUAUGGUUGUCUGCCAAAUGCUUUAAACGUAAAUGAGACUUCUAGUAAUUGUUUCCGGAAGUGUCACUAGUGUCAGCUCUUUGUGUGAAAGUUUCAAGUACUGUGAAAUACUUCAGGACAGAGGACUUUGCUUAGUGGUUUUUUUUGGUAACAUGACAAGCUGCAUUGUUUUUACAAGAAAGCAAAAAGAGAAGUUUAUCAGGGAAUAUAUGCUUACGGUUGUUAUAACUGGAACUAACUUGUUCCACAGAUGUUGAAAAUAUAUGGCGUUAUUCUUCAGUAAAUAAACAUUUUGGGCGGGGAUGUCCUGUUAUCGGAAAAUACAUAACAGGAUAUUGAAUCUACCCCGUCUUUGAUUGUGAAACGUUUUGUUUCUUACAUAUUUGCAGAGUUCUCUAAUGUUCAGAAUAGCACUUUCAUAGUGUUCUCAUUUUGGACGUUUUAUAGCAAUACAAUAGAGCAGCUUCCUGUUGGUCCAGCGGCAGGAUCCCGUGAUCUCAUUGCUGCGGCCCGGGUUCGAUUCCUGGGCAGGCAGUAAAGAGUUAACUCUCAAUGCCGGUCCCAAGCCCGGAUUAAAUGGGAGGGUUGAAAUGAUCCGCUGUGACGACGCUGAACAGGGAGCAGCUGAAAGAACAACAGAGCAAUACAAUAGAGCAACGCGUUAGGGCAGGGUUGUCCAGUCUUCUUGACAAAUGGACCGUGUGGGUAUUGGUUUUUAUACCAGUCAAGCAGGAGACACACCUGAUUCCAUCUGUUUAAUAAGUUGAUCUUGGUUUUCAGUAGACUGGCUGGAAUGAAACCUGCACACACACCUGCCCUUUCGGGUAAGAUUGGACACCUGCAAUAGAUAUACAUAAAUAUCUUUCUUUCUCUUUUUUAACAGGUCCACAGUAGUCGACCCAGACCCUGAGACAAGCCAAUCCAUGUUCUGACAAGGCCUCAUACAGAGGAAAAACUGGUUUAUUUUAAAGUGAUGACCCUCUAUGUGCCCAUCUAUGCUGCUUUGGACUACUUUCAUCCUUAUUUGUUGACAGAAUGAAGCGUGAGGUGUGCAGGGCUUGAGCUGUAUCCGACCGACAAGCCUCAAGAAACUGCCAAACUCUAAGCAAUGAUCUCCAGUUUAGUGCCUAUUUACAGAUGUGUAUUCAGCAUUUGGUACACAGACGCUUCCUCUGACGCUGCUCAAUUAGUGGCACCUCCACGGACGAAGCGCUCGACUAACUAUGAAGGAGAGCCAGCAAACGGACGUGCUCAUAUUCAUUAUGCACAUUUUUUUUUUGUUGCUAAUGACAUGGAAAAUGCUAAUGACUUGGAGUGGUGGAGGUUAUCUUGAAGGGCUCGGGCAGAUUGGAUUUUGAAAAUAAGCACAACAGAGUAAUCAUUUGUGGUGGUUGUGUCUGAUGAGGCUGAUUAAUUCUAAAUGUUAUUGUUUUACUUCUUUUUACAUAUAUUGUUUAUUCAUUUUAUCAUGUUACGUGACUGGGUAUUAAAUUAUUUUCAUAUUAUGGAGUCAUCCCUAGACUCAGUCCAUUUGCCUCAGUGCACUAUUUGCCUCAGUGCCCCCGGACCCUUCGACUGAAUCAAAGACCUUCUGAACGGGUUCCUGCUUCAGAACCAAAUAUCCUUUGAGAGCCUGAAAAGAAGCAGUAGCUGGGGUUCUUGUUGCGCUGGCUUAAUGGUGAAGCUCUGGUCACAAUGGCAAACAUGGGACUAGGAAGCGUGGCAGAAUUCAAAUGUCACCUGAGAGUGAUUUAUAGGAAGCCAGAUUUGUGGAAAGGCCCUGUCCAUGCCCUGACACCUAACCCCUGAACCUGGGGCUGGGGCUGGGGGUGCUGUCCUGGCCACGCCUACCUGACCCUGGCAAGUAAGUUCAUCCCAGCUCUGCUACUAGAUCCUGGUGUUGUUGAUUCAUUGCUUGCUUCUCGCUUGUAUGCUCCAUGUCUGCUCCUCAGCUCCUCUAGGAGGUGUCAACUUGAAGGACAAUUCCUUUUUUGGGACCCUGGAUUUUUCUUGGACGUUUUACCCAGGGUGGCUGGGCUGCUUCGGAAGUAGGAGUUAUUUUCUCUCACGUGCCAUGCAGAAUCACUCAGCUCGCAUAUCUGCCUGCAGAUCUACUGCUCUUCUGGGUUAUGUGGUUACGUUUUGUUUACUUUCCCAUGUCUGGUCUGUUUUUGGCUCCUGUCUCGUCUCUACCCACGUCCCCGUCAUUGUCCCGAUCACUCGCCCUUUGCUCUUAUUUAUUUGUAUAUUGAUUGAUAUUUUUGGUGCGAAGUAAUGUUCAGUGUUUCCAUGCCUGCCUUUAGGAUGUACUUGUUCUGUGGUUUUUGGUUUCCGGUUUUUGACCUUUUAUUCUAGCUCGCAUGUUUUGGAUUUCACUUUCCAUAGCUAUUUCUAGAUGACCUGACCUUUGUCUGUUUACUGUAUGCACUGCACUCGCACCUCGUGCCUCAUGACACAGCAAAACACUGAUAUUCUCUAAUAUGAUUAAAACUGCACUUUAUUUGGAAGACAAAGCAGAUGAUAAUCCUCAUGAUAUAUGAUAUGCUUACAUUCAGAAACAGGGAUCUUGUUUGUGAAAGCGUGUGCAGAGGUGACAUUGACAGUUUAGCUGAGUAGUUUACAUAACACCUGAAACCUACACUUUUCCAUUUUGUCAUCAAGCGUCCUAAAAAAAAAAAAAAAAAGACCGAAAAGGGACUUCACAAUGACGCAGCACUAUCUCUUUGCCCCGAUCCUUAUCUUGGUGUGUAUUUUGGUCUGUGAAUUUACAAGCCUUUUGUUUUGUGAGCUACUAGAGACUACUUCUGCAUUUCUGUGUCGAUUAACAGAGGGUUCUAUAAUAAAAGCUCAGGGUAAAAUGUGCUGUGUGUUUAUAGUGUCUUUCUGUGAAUAUUAUAAAUCUGAUCAUUUUUUAUGCAUCAAGUGUUCCAGACAAGUUGUUCGUUUCCGUCAGUAAAUUGUAAAAUAGACGAUUCUUUUGGUAGAAGUCUGUAUGCUUAUUAUACAACCAAUGGCCAGUUCAUUCAGGAACUCUGUACACUUGCACAUUCAUGCAAUUAUCCCUACACCCACCUGGUGAAACGACUGGAAUCCGAUGUUACUGUUGCAGUUUAUAUCAUCCACCUCAAGCUCCACUGAGUUCUGAGAAGCUUUUCUCCUCAGCCUGGUUAUAAAGUGUGGUCAUGUGUGUACCUGUCAGCCAUCUUGCUCAUUAACAAGGCCUUUCCACCAACAACAGGACUGCUGCUUACUGGACAUUUUUUGUUUUUCACUAUUCUGUGAAAACUCGACACACUCUAUGAAUUUAAUUCGUUCUGGAGGAGAGUUCUUAAGGGGAAAAUUUGUAUUGCGAUACGAAUUUUCCCACAAGCAAUAAUGUGAAUGCAGAUAAUCCGUUCCAAAAAUAUGACCGGUACGAAGCGUAUGUAAACUGUAUGGCUGCUUACAAAGAACUGACCCAAGCCAAGCAUACGAACAAACCGAACCGAACGCUAAGUUGCGCGUACGUCCGAGAGCUGUUCAAAACUCGUUUGCACCAGUGGAAAGCCAAGCGAAGCGAGUUUACAAAUUUUACUAGUUUUAUUUCAGUCAGUGAAAGCUGUGUGGAAAGUCAACCAACGUUGCCUUUGAUUUUGGGACGAUUUUGCGAUUUUAACAAUGGAUCUUGUCGCAAGGCAGCUUUUACAUGAAUGGAAAUUCAGAAUUAAAAAAAUCUAUAUUUAAGUUUAUAUUUAUGAGUAAGCCAGACGCAAUGGUGGUUAGGAGAAACUCCCUGAGAUGAUAUGAGGAAGAAACCUUGAGAGGAACCUGGUGCAAUACUUUCUCACUGCAUCACAUGAUAAAAUCCUGUUUUUGCUUUCUGAUAAUACUAUAUGUGUAGGUGUCUAAGAACUGAAGAAAAUGAACAUGUAUUGCACAAUUUAUCAAAUAAUAAUAAUGAUAAAUUCAACAUAUUCUCUAUCUCUCCGCUAAAGAUAUUUAUGGAGAAUAACCGGACUGACAAGGAAAUGGAAAUGUCGUUGCUUGAAAUAAAGCACAUAUGCAAAAUCUUUAGCACUUUUAUGAGCGGUUUAAUAAAAGAGACAUAUUAUACGGGAGUCGGUGAAGUAAAUCUGUUAAUGUGUCGCCUGAAGCUGUAUGACAGGUUAAAAAAAUGGUUUAAUUAGAAAGAAAGGGCCAUAAAAAAAAAAAAAGGGAAGAAAAGAUCUGUGGUACACAAACCCUGCUAGAAAAUCUACAGGAAGGGGUUGUCACACAUAUCUCGUUGCCAUCUAGAUGGAUGGAAAAUGUGAAGAUUGUUGUUGGUGAUGUUGCACUGCGUGGGCUCUAAUGUGGCAUGAAAGUGCCAUUCUGUCAAUUACAGCUGAGGAUGAAGGUUAGUUUAUGUUGGAA